AUGUCUGACUCCUCGGACUCUGACAUUGACAUUGACUUCGACUCCGACUCUGACGACGAAGACUAUGAGAAUGUCGAUCUUGUAGACUAUGACCUGAAAGACUCCGAAGAACCGGUCAAUGGUCAGAUUGACGACACGCCCGCUUCCACCCCUCCUUCCACUUCCACCACUUCGAGGCGUCGAGGAGAAAAAUGUCUGCCGUGUCCUUGGGAGGGUUGUGAGAAGACAUUCAACCGUCAGGCCAGGCUUAAGGAGCAUCUGCGGUCUCACACAAACACUCGCCCAUUCAAAUGUCCCUAUGUUCCCUGCACCAAGGCUUUUCUCCGCGACUCUCACCUCAAGCACCACGUCAAAAGCCAACAUGUCAAACUGCGUGACCAUCCAUGCACGAUUGAAGGAUGUGACAAAAGUUUCGUCACUGCAACAAGAUUGCGCAGACAUGUCGAAACUCACCAAGACAGAGAUCGCUUUCGUUGCACUUAUGAAAAUUGUGAGCAGACAUUCAGAAAGCAAGGCACCUUAGAUCGGCACAUUCUCUCUUUCCAUCAGAACAUCAAACCAUUCCCUUGUGAAGAGGUCGAUUCAGUCACUGGUCAGCCAUGUGUUAAAGCAUACGAUACCGCCGAGAAAUUGCGUACUCAUCAACGUGCCAAGCAUGACCCUACCCGCUUCUCCUGUGAUGAUUGCAAGGAGCUCAACGAUAUUCGUCUCGCGUCCGGACAAAAGGACCAGAUGGUGGUAGCAUCUUUUUCUACCUAUGGUGAGCUUCAAGCUCAUCUGAAGAUUGUUCAUCCUCCAACAUGUCCACAUUGUCCCACCUCAUUCACCACCAACAAGGAAUUAACUCGACAUCUGGAGAUUCAGCACGGUAUCCUGCUGCCCCAAUCAUCAAAGAAAGCUGCUUCGUUCCCUUGCACUCAUGGAUGUGGCAAGGUCUUCACCAAGAGAGGUAAUCUGAAUGUUCAUGUCAAAACCGUACACGAGAACACCAAGGCUUUUGUAUGCGGUCAAACCGAAAUAGCACUACCAGAUGACUUUGAAUGUGACGAUGAUGUCGUUGUCGAAGGCUGCAACCGUGGUUUCACCUCCAAAGCCAGUCUUGAAGAGCAUGUACGCACCGCUCACCUUGGCCUCGAAAGCAAACGCAUGAUCCGCAAUAAGAAACGUAAGGCCACACAAUCUUUUGAGGAUGAACAACGAGUCUCCGUCCCCAAGAAGCGCAAGGAACGCAAGGAUAAAGGUGUCAAGAAGAGUUCAGCGAUGGAAACCCUUAUUGGUGGUCCAGCAGAGCCGGAAGAUUUCUUGUACUAUGGACAUGAAGAUCCUGCUACUGGUGAUCUCGAUAACCUCAUGAAUCUUGAUGAUGAUAAUAUCCUGUCUGGAUCCAUGACCAUGCUUGGAGACCAAAUCUAUCAUGCUGGCACCGCAUACCAUUAUCCAUCAGGACAAUAUCCAACUUCCAACCCACCGGAGAGUUUAGCCAACAGCCAACAAUCACACGCACAUGUUGCUGUGGGUGACGGUGACCUUGCAGACGACAACAUCUUUCCAUUCGAGGAUCACCAUUUCAGCGAUUCUUCAAACUACAUCGUUAAUGACGAUUUCUAUGGCGCUUUCGAGCAGCAUACUUUGGAGCCACUUUCAGCGUAUCGACUGAAGUGA